GCCCGCGGCACAGCGCGUCCGCCCGCAGCCCGCGCUGCCGCCCCGGGCUGGGGCCGGACCCUCGCUGCCCCGCCAUGCUCCUGCUCCCGCUGCUCCUCGGGGCCGCCCUGCUGCGCCUUGGCGGCGGCUCCUCCCGUCACCCCUUCUACAACGGCUUCUACUACAACCGCGUCAUGAGCGACGAGGGCGACGGCCACGAGAAAACAGUUUACUUCAAUGGGGCCAAGCUGGUGGUGGAGACCCCCAAAGACCCUGUCUACAGCUUUAAUGGUGCCAACGUCACCUUGCCCUGCCACUACCACUAUGAGCCUGACCAGGAGGCCAAGCGCAAGAUCCGCAUCAAGUGGUCUAAACUGCGGGAUGACUACACCAAGGAGCAGGACGUGCUGGUGGCCAUCGGCAAGACCUACGUGGCCUUUGGGGACUUCCAGGGCCGCGCAAGCCUGCGGCAGGCCGGCCGGCGGGAGGCCUCGCUGGUGGUCAGUGACCUGCGCCUGCAGGACGAUGGCAAGUACCGCUGCGAGGUGAUCGAUGGGCUGGAGGAUGAGAGCGACGUGGUGGACCUGCGGUUGCAAGGCAUCGUCUUCCCCUACCAGCCUCCGCGCGGCCAGUACCGGCUCAACUUCCACGAGGCCGAGCGGGCCUGCCAGGAGCAGGGCGCCGUCGUGGCCACCUUCAGCCAGCUCCUGCAGGCCUGGAGCGAGGGGCUGGACUGGUGCAACGCGGGCUGGCUGGCCGACGGCACGGUGCAGUAUCCCAUCCGGCUGCCCCGCAAGCCCUGCGGCGGGCUGCACCUCGCCCCCGGCAUCCGCAGCUACGGCCAGCGCCACCGGCACCUGCACCGCUUUGACGUCUUCUGCUUCUCCUCCGCGCUCAGAGGGGAGGUGUACUACCUGGAUCGCCCGGCCGGGAUGACCCUGGAGGAAGCCAAGCAGGCCUGCCAGGACACCGGUGCCGAGAUCGCCCGCGUGGGACAGCUCUACGCCGCCUGGAAGUUCCUGGGGCUGGACCGCUGCGACGCCGGCUGGCUGGCGGACGGCAGCGUCCGCUACCCCAUCGCCAAGCCCAGGGCCAACUGCGGCCCCGCGGAGCCCGGCGUCCGCAGCUUCGGCUUCCCCACCACGGGCCGCUUUGGGGUCUUCUGCUACCAGGCGAGAUAAGGAGCCGCUCGGCGCCCGCUCGGCCGGAGGAUGUUUCAGCCUGACGGUGCCCGGCGUCGGGUGUCUCCCGGGGCCGUUUCUGGGGUGACUGGACUGGGGAGGG